CAUGGCAUUUGUAUAUUAGGCUUAACGAGAUCUCAACCAAUUAUUGACAUCUGUCCCACCUAAUGUACUAAUCAUUAACCUACUUAUAAUAGGUGGGUCCAGGUUCCUAUGGGAAACAAAAGAAAAAGCUAAUCAAACAAUCUGUAGCUCCUUUCAAUACACAAUCUACCAGACUAGAUCCAUCGAAAAACUCUUCAUUUCCAGGUCCUGGGAGUUAUAGUGUGAAUUUGGCUAAUGCAGGGUACAAAACUAAUUAAAUAGCAGGUAGAAAGUGCUACUUCAAUCCAAUCAAUCAGAACUUAAGAUUCUCGAAAUCCACAAAUAACAGUCAGUUUUUGCAUCCAAAUGUAAGCGCUUUUAAGAAGUUAAUACAAGCGAUACUCCAGGGUAGUGUCUUGUAUUUGAUAUCUUAGUCCUGGCUCAUACAAACCAGAAGCAUUUUAACGACAACAUUACCAAAAGGGAUCAUCUGAGUAUUUUAUUGAGUCACUGUUGAAAUUGAAUAGAAAUAAGUCAAUACCAUCAAUCCCAUCCAAUGAAUAAGCAUAUGGUUACGUUGAAAGUGGAAGUAUGCGUACAAUAAUCUAUUUAAUAUAAAUUAGCACUGUAAUUAAAUAAGAGUCCCCAAGAAAUCAUUUCAGGAUUAAAGAAUGAUUCAGUGGGACCUGGUCACUAUGAUCUUAAGAACUCUUUCGAUUUAAAUAAAGAGAAGGGUCACAAUUGGCAUUCCUCUAAACAACCAAAACUUGCUCCUGUAGUUUCUAAAGAUUAAAGAACGAUAGUUGGACCAGGAGCGUAUGCUAUCGAAAAUGAGAGUCAACCCUUAUAUAAAUUGUUGCCGUCAGGAUCGUUUCAAUCCAAUUCGUCCAGAUUCAAUAAUUUGGACAAGGGACAAAGAAGCAAAGAAAUCCUUAGACUUUAAUUUGAGAAAAAGAAAUCAAAAUUGCUACAAGAUUCAUAAUUUGAAGAUUUGAAAGAUGAAUAAUUUGAUAUCUCUCAAGUAUGUCUAUUUAACAUAUUAGAAUGAUGGUCCUGGUCCAGGAUAUUACUUUAAAGAUCAUAGUACUAUUUCGACCAAAUCCACUUCUAAAUUGGAAACGCAAUGUUUUGGAUCAAAAUUAAAAAGAUUUCAAAGUGAUUCAAAUUAAAUUACUGUUGGUCCUGGAGACUAUAAAAUUGAAACUUAAUUGUCAAAUAGCAGUCUUGCAUUAAAGCAACCACCCUUCUUAUCCUCUAAUACUCGAUUUGAAUAACAACAUUUCAAUAGGAGGAUUGGCCCACAAUCUUAUCACAUUAAUAAAAGUGUAAGACAAUUAGAUAUUUCAUCUAGUUGGAAUAUGACCUGAUAAAAAAGCUCGAAAGAUCUCCUGUCGGUAAAUUUGGAUAGAAUUAACCUAGAUUUGUGAAUGAUCAAAGUAAAGAAGAACUGCCUGGUCCAGGAUUCUAUGACUAUUUAUUGUAAUCCACUUAACAAGGAGCUCAAACUAUGUUUAAGUCUUAAACCAAGAGGAUUGAUCCAACCCUAUUAAAUAAAUCAGAAAUACCAGCUCCUAGUUAAUACAACCCCAGAAAUCACACAAUCGAAUAUAACAUAAAGAAAGAAGUAGACGAUCUUGACUUCGAAAUCAAUAGACCUCCGUUUUAAUCUUCAGCACCUCGAUUUAAAAGUAAUGCUGAUGUCAAAAUUGAUGAAUUGGAUGAAGAUAUUUACUUGAAAAAAUAGAAUCAAAAAAAAGAAGAACACAAGAUUCCAUAUAAAUAGAAAUAGGCACCACCUCCGUUUAAUGUGCAAGUACUUGUAAUGACAACUGUUUUUAUAGGAAAAACGAUUUUAAUAUGGUAAACUAACUGUUCAAUCUCCUGGUCCUGGGGAAUAUAAUGAGUCUACUCCAUGGGACAAACCAUCAUUCAAUGUUUAAUAUUCUUAAUUUUGA